AUGGAUGGAUAUAAGUUUUGGUACUCGGGUAGCGUGAGAGAGAAGAAUGGGGUAGGUAUCUUAGUAGAUGAAAAGCUUAGGAAGCAAGUGGUGGAGGUUAAGAGGGUUAAUGAUAGGUUGUUGUCUAUUAAGUUGGUCAUUGGAAGGUCUACGGUGAACAUUAUUAGUGCCUACACUCCACAAGUAGGCUUGGAUAGGGAGGAGAAGAAGGGUUUUUGGAAGGUUUUGGAUGAGGUAGUGAGAGGCGUUUUGAGCAUUGAGAAGUUGUUCAUUGAAGGAGAUUUCAAUGGAUAUAUUAGGUCUUUUUUAAGAGGUUAUGAUGACGUACAUGGCGGUUUUAAUUUUUGA